ACUGCAACAAUUAUGGAUACACACUUUACCCCUCUGUUUCUACUAACUUCAAUUCAUCUGCUUUUGUGCAUUUCGGCUCACGAAUUCCUCCUUCCAGGCUCCUUUCUCUCUGUAGAGGAUGGCUCUGACUUGCUCCAUUCACCAAAUGGUGCAUUCACCUGCGGCUUCAACAACAUUUCUCAUAAUUCUUUUGUCUUCUCUAUUUGGUUCACCAACACAGAUGAAAAGACUGUCGUCUGGAGCGCAAAUCACCUCCACCCCGUGUACUCCUGGGGAUCCAAAGUCAUGUUAGAUACGGAUGGUGGAAUGGUUGUAAAAGAUUACAAUGGCCAGGUCGUGUGGAAAAAUGACGUGAACUCUUCAAAUGCCGUACAAGCUCAGUUAUUGGACACAGGAAACCUCGUCGUGAAGGGCCAAGGUGAUAUCAUUCUAUGGCAAAGCUUUGAUUCUCCUACUGAUACGUUGCUACCAAAUCAGAACAUUACAGCUGCUACAAAGUUGGUAACUGCUAAUAGGUUAUUUGUUCCUGCGAACUACAGCUUCCAUUUUGACGGUGAACAUUUAUUUACACCGUUUGAUGGUCAGAAGUAUAUUUCUUUUAUCUGUUCGCCAAACCCAGAAGUUGAUAUCUGUGCAAAGCAAAGGAAGUUAUCUAAUACCACCACAAUUGGGGUUCUUGAUAGUUGGGGAUAUUUCCUUGGAAGUGAUAACUUAACUUUUAAGGCUACUGAUUGGAGUCUCGGGGUUAUGAGGAGGCUAACCAUGGAUUAUGAUGGCAACCUUAGAUUAUACACUCUAAGUGAGGCUAACCGAAAAUGGUCGGUCACAUGGAUUGCAUUUCGUCGGACCUGCUUUGUACGUGGUUUGUGUGGUAUGAACGGAAUAUGUGUGUAUAAACCUAGGCCUACUUGUGUAUGUUCCCCUGGACAUGAGAUCAUUGACCCAACUGACUGGAGCAAGGGUUGCAAGCCGACGUUCAACCUCACUUGUGAUGAUGGGCAGAUAAUGAAAUUUCUUAAGAUACCUGCCACUGACUUCCUAGGUUACGAUCGAAGUAAGCAUAAAUUUGUUUCUCUUGUUGCUUGUCAGAGAAUAUGCUUGAGUGACUGCAGAUGCAAGGGUUUCUCAUAUUGGGAAGGAGAUGGAGGCUGCUACCCAAUGUCGUCCUUUCUUGGUGGUGUAGCCAGCCCCGAAAUACCUGGUUCUAUCUAUCUCAAGCUUCCUGUGACAUCACAGGUCUUAGGGUCAUCAAUUCCUGUUUCGGGACCUCUUGAGCUUAUAUAUAGUCCUUAUUGUAGUGGCAAUGCAGAUUCUCUGGAUAAAUCUAAGAGCAGUCAGGGUGGAUCACCGUAUUUGUACUUCUAUGGAUUCUUAUCAGUGAUAUUUUGUGUGGAGGUAAUAUUUGUGGCAUUAGGAUACUGGUUUAUUUUGAGAAGGGAAGGCAUGCAGCUAAUAGGAGUACGGCCAGCUGAGGUUGGGUAUGAAAUGAUAACCAACCAUUUCCGCAGAUACACUUACAAGGAGUUGCAGAGAGCUACUCAAAAUUUCAAGGAUCAGAUUGGGAGGGGGGCAUCCGGCCUUGUAUACAAGGGAGUCUUGAAAGAUAAGAGGGAAGUGGCUGUGAAAAGAUUGGCAGACAUAAAUCAAGGUGAAGAAGAAUUCCAACAUGAACUGGGUGUGAUUGGAAGGAUUUACCAUAUGAAUCUAGUGAGGGUUUGGGGAUUCUGUUCUGAUGGUCCACACAGGAUAUUGAUUUUAGAGUAUGUUGAGAACGGCUCAAUGGAUAAAACUCUAUUUGGUAGCAAUAGCAAGGGCUCGCAUAUCUUGCUUGAAUGGAGCCAAAGAUAUAAGAUUGCUAUAGGGGUGGCGAAAGGAUUGGCCUAUCUUCAUCACGAGUGCUUGGAGUGGGUUAUCCACUGUGACCUGAAGCCCGAGAACAUACUGUUGGAUGAGACCUUUGAGCCAAAGAUCACCGACUUUGGCCUUGCAAAACUUCUGAAUAGAGGUGGAUCCAACAAAAAUUUAUCGCGAAUCCGCGGAACUAGAGGUUAUAUUGCUCCAGAGUGGGUCUCUAGCGCCCCAAUAACAGCAAAGGUUGAUGUCUACAGCUUCGGAGUGGUUCUCCUAGAACUGCUGAAGGGGGCUCGUGUUUCAGACUGGGCAUCAGAUGCUGACGAGGAAGUGGAAAUGGUCCUCCAAAGGGUUAUUAGGAUGCUUGCAGAAAAUCUGAUGUUGGAGGGCAGCGAACAGUUAUGGAUCACUGACUUCAUUGACUCCAGGUUGAACAGCCAGUUCAAUAAUGUGCAAGCAAGAACAAUGGUCAAGAUAGCUGUUUCGUGUGUGGAAGAGGAUAGUAGAAAAAGGCCCACCAUGGAAAAUGUAGUGCAGAUGCUUCUUUCGGUUGAUGAGUCCAGUGGCAUAAUGCAGCAGUAUUCUAUAAGCUAAAAGAAGAGUUUGAUGUUUGAUAUUGUACACAGAAUCUAUGCAUAUUCUUGGAUCCAAAACAAUAUAUAUAUGAUGUGUAUCCAUAUAAAUCAAGAACAGCAUGAGCCGCUUGUAUACCAAUACUGAAUUUCGUAUUCGAUCACACUAUGCCAGGUUAUGUAGUGCCAUAAUACUAAUAUCUGUGCAAAAGUGUAUCAUAAGAAAUUAGGAUUUAUGUGACCAUUUGUGAUUUACCAUCAAUGCAAGAUAUGUUGGCGAUGUGGCUUU